GUUGAGAAGAGCAAGACUUGACCGACUGUACUCACAGAACAUCUCCAGCGUCCUUCAUCCCACUGAGCAUCCAUACAUCACACAUGGGUGUUUAUUUUACAUCUACAAAGAUGCAAAGCACAGCAUUUAUAAUUACAUUGGCUAUUUUAGCAGCACAAUUUACACAUGAUGCAACAGUGAUGGCGCAAUCUACAGGUCAAACUUUAAGUGGUCCAACAGCUACAGCCCAAUCUACAGGUCAAACUUUAAGCGGUCCAACAGCAACAGCCCAAUCUACAGGUCAAACUUUAAGUGGUCCAACAGCAAGAGCCCAAUCUACAGGUCAAACUUUAAGCGGUCCAACAGCUACAGCCCAAUCUACAGGUCAAACUUUAAGCGGUCCAACAGCUACAGCCCAAUCUACAGGUCAAACUUUAAGCGGUCCAACAGCAACAGCCCAAUCUACAGGUCAAACUUUAAGCGGUCCAACAGCAACAGCCCAAUCUACAGGUCAAACUUUAAGUGGUCCAACAGCAACAGCCCAAUCUACAGGUCAAACUUUAAGUGGUCCAACAGCAACAGCCCAAUCUACAGGUCAAACUUUAAGUGGUCCAACAGCAACAGCCCAAUCUACAGGUCAAACUUUAAGUGGUCCAACAGCUACAGGUCAAACUUCAAGCGGUGCAACAGCUACAGGUCAAGCUUCAAGCAGUGCAACAGUGACGGCCCAAUCUACAGUUCAAACUUUAUGAGGUGCAACAGUGAUGGCGCAAUCUACAGCUACAAUCAAACAAAUUACAGAAACAACCUCACCUACAAUGUUAUCACAAUCUACAACUCAACUGUGGUCAACAGCCACAACAACUCGUUUAUCAACUAAAAUCCAGCUUCCAUCUACUACUGCUCUACAACCAAUCACCACCCCACGUACAACAACCGUGACAACUACAAUGACCACGACAACCAUAACACCGAUUCCAACACCUGCUCUUCCAAAAGUAGCCGUAGGGUUUGUCCUCCUAACGCAGUUUGUUCAAGAGCUCGAAAACCAGCAAAGUGAACAAUUUAAGACUCUAUCAGCAGAGGUCAAGAAGGGGUGUGACGUCGUCUAUAAAAAGAAGUUUGGAGCCCGUUUCCUCAGGACUGAAGUGCUUGCUUUCCGUCGCGAUGAUGGAACCCGGGCAGCAGGGCAUGUAAGGGCGGAGAUUGAGUUAGUGUUUGAUGGAUCCUCUACUGGUCCGCUCCCAGCCGUCACUGAGGUUGUGGAAACAUUAAAAGAUGCAGCCUCAAAUCCAGCCUCAGGAUUAAACCUCACCAUUGAUGCUACGUCCAUUUCUGUUAUCAGAGCACUGCAGACAAUUCCAGUGAGCAUCUUGACCGAUGGCACUUUUGUGGUUGCUUUAUCAAAUUCAAGUUCGCCUGCAUACAGAAACAGGGCAUCAAUGAUUAAAACAGGGCUUGAACCAUUUUUCACCGAUGAUUAUCCAACGUCAUUCACUGUUUUGUCUAUAACAAACUUCAGUGAUGUGAGCACAAAAUCCGUCAGCAGGGCCACAAUACAAAACUCUAUGGAUCUUACUUUUGCAGCAAACAGCCCUCUACCCAAUGCCAACCAGAUAGUGAACACUAUAGUCCGAGCAGCCAACAGCAGCUCACUGCCCUUCAAAAUCUUCACUCAUUCCAUCACAGUCAGUGGAACAGAGUACUCUUCAGCCGAAGUGAGCAGUCACAUCAGCAUGCUGAUGGCUUCAGUCCUGAUUGCUAUGUCACUUCUGGUCACACGGUUUGACUGAUUAUAGUCCUACAUGUGGCUUAAAUAUUCGUACAUCCUUUUAUUUAAUUUAUAUUUAAUCUCUUUUGCCUCUUGAAUCAUUAAAGUUGGGGAAAAGGCUGUGCCUCCCUUCUCCUGUAUCAUUUACACACAAUUCAUCAACUACACUUUUUAAUCUAGCAAAACCAGUCAAUUUACAAAAGAAUGGCAUUAUGUUGUGCUGUGUAGUCGAAAGAGAACUGACCUCUCCUUUGACUGCUCACUGAGGGGCCAAAGACAAAAGCAUGAAGUCUUUCAAUGAUGUUUUCCCCUGAAAGGGCUCGACUGUAACUCUUAUGACAGUACAGUUUCAUUUCAUGUAAACCUGUUCUAAAACUUUGUAUCGUGAAAAAUUCCAAAUGAAUAAAAAAGAAAAAAAA